GGUUCGAGAUAAAAUCAGAAUAAUCCCCCCUGGGGAUGCCGCUCGGUUUUGGUUUCAACUCCCCACCAGAGCCCGUGACACUACCGAUGCGGUUGCAGACGCAGCCUUCUUCUCCCUCGCGCUUUCCCGGUUCCCUAAAACCACUGGGCACCCCCACAAGACGCUUUAGGUCCAUCCAUCACGCGCGCCGCAUCCUUGUCCUGGUCCUGGUCCCGCCUUGCGCAUCGAUCGGCGCUGCUGCUAGGGGAAGAAGAUGCGGAAGCUGAGGGAAGGAGGGGAGAAGGUGGGCGCGCAGGCGUUGGAGGUGGCGGCGCUCAUGUCGCGCGCGGCGAGCCUGUGGCGCGCGCUCGGGGGCGACCCCUUGGCGCGCCUCCGCGGCGUCCUCCGCCUCGAGGGCACGCGCCGGCUCGUCGCGGACGACGACGGCGCGCUGCUGGCCCUCGCCGUCGCCGAGAUGGCCGGCGCCUGCGCGGACCUUGCCCGCGCCGUCGCCCGCCUCGCCGCGGGGAAGUGCCACGACCCGCUGCUCCGCCACUUCGGCGCCCUCUUCGGCGCCCUCGUCUCCCGCUCCCCCGGCGCCGACGCGCACGGGCUGAGGUACGCGCAGGCGAAGAAGAUGGACCGCAAGGCGCGCAAGAUGCAGCGGCUCGUGUGCGCCACGGGGCGGCUGUUCGAGGAGCUGGACGUGCUGGCCGAGCUCGACCAGGCCGCGGCGCGCCUCCGCCGGCCCCGGCAGCAGCAGCAGUUCUCGCCCGGCGAGGCCGCGCGCCGCGCCGAGCGGCAGCGGCGCGAGGUGGAGCGCCUCCGGGGGAUCUCGCUCUGGAGCCGUUCCUUUGACUACGCCGUCCGGCUGCUCGCCAGGUCGCUGUUCACCGUCGUCGCCAGGAUCAUCGAGGUGUUCGACCUGCAGCCGCCCAAGGUGAACGAUUGCUCCUCUGUGGCCGCCUCGCUCGCCGACCGCCGGCUCUCCUUCUCCUGGAGCAACUCCUUCUCCAAGUCGCUCGUGUACCCCUCCGAUUUCGGGGUCGAUACUCCUCCCAGGUCUUCGAAAUCCGGUAACAAUGGCGACGUUCGCCGGUUCCUGGUGUCCAGGAGCCAGAGCUUGAGGCAGCAGCUCAAGUGGCCCGCGGUGCCCGGGAAGAAUCUCGUCGGCUGCAUGGUCGGCGGGGGGCGGAGCAAGUCGUCUCCGUCCAUGGAGAAAGGCUGGAUCCACGUCCACGGCGCAGGCGGCGGCCAUGACCUCCCGCUGAGCUUCAGCUACGCCUCAUCCAGCGGCGACGAAGACGAUUUCGACGAGGGCGAUCACACGCGCCGUACCGCGAACACGAAUACGAAGAAGCUCUCCACCUCGGUGUUCGAGUCCUCCUCGCAAGACGUGCUAGCAAACGCGCCGGAGACGACGCUCGGCGCGACGGCACUCGCGUCGCACUACGCGAGCCUCAUCGUCUUCCUCGAGAAGCUCGCCGUCUCGCCCCGCCACAUCUGCCCCGACGAGAGGGACGCGCUCUACGGCAUGCUGACCGCCAACCUCCGGGCGUCCCUCCGAUCUCGCCUCAGGCCGCCCUUCUCCGCCAUUGGCAGCAAGAAGAAGAAGACGAAGAAGAAGAACAGGGGAUCCUGCUACGGCGACCCCGUGCUGGCGGCCGAGUGGGCCGACACGGUGGAGGGGAUCCUCGGAUGGCUGGCGCCGCUGGCGCACAACACGGUGCGGUGGCGCUCCGAGCGGAGCUUCGAGCAGCGGCACGUCGGCGGCGGCGGCUCCGGCGUGCUGCUGCUGCAGACGCUGCACUUCGCCGACCGGGAGAAGACGGAGGCCGCCAUUACCGAGCUGCUCGUGGGCCUGAACCACCUCUGGAGACACGGGACUGAGCUCUGUGCUGCAAGGGCGAAACUGGAGUCAACGGGCGGCGGCGAUGUUUACCAUGAUUGCAAGGAUUACAUUGGAUGACGACGGCAUUGACGGCCUGUCAAUUGCUCCUAAGCUUGCUUGUGAUUGGGGCCCUUGUGAUUGCAGAUGGCUGUCGAGCUAGUGUCAGCUGAACUGGAUGGUCAUUGAUCAGGGCGGUGUCUCUUAAGCAGAAGCGGCAUCAUCCGUCAGGCCAGGAGAUUAGACCCUUUGCUGAUUUUGCUGCUUGAUAGUAAUCCAGUUCGUAGAAACAGCCAAACAGGCAUCUUCAUCAUCCUGUCACAUUGUGCGAUCGUGUCAUUGUCAUGUGCAUCUUGCAAAUCAAUGCUGUUAUUUUGUCCGGGAAAAAACACAGGUAGUGGUAAUAUUGUAGUGCACGCAGCUGGGUGGUCCGAUGUAAAGAUAGUAGAUGUGCACACCUUGUAGUAAACUACUAAUAAAUCGGGCAUAAAUUGGAUCGAA